AUGUCGCUUUUGUUUACUUUCGCUUUCCCUUUAGAAAUUUCGCUAUCUGAAUCGUUUAAGGCCAUGAAGACGUUGAUAUUGUUACUACUAUUAAUGGUCGGGCGAAGUUACGCUCAAAUGCAGCAAAUGCUCGGAGCCCAGGUGAAGAUCACCGGCAUGCCGUUUGCCGUCUCCAAUGCUCAGCAACUGAAUCAAAUCGUCUGGACGAUGCUGGGCACAACAACGAAGGAGACCAUUUAUUGCGUUUCCGAAGCUCCAGUCAGUCAGCUGCGAUUCGUAUGCAUCGACUGUCUCGAGAAGAACAUCACCGACAUGGCAAACGUGCUCAAUUCCGCUCAAGAUCACACUCGAAGCGCUGGCUUUCCAACAGUCGCUUUAAGCAAUGUUGCCGUUAAUACGAACUGGACUGGAGCCACCAUCAUGUGUCAAGCGGCUCUCAAUGGAGGCACGGUCGAUUCGCAGCCAGCUACCGUCGAUGUUCGUUAUUUGCGUCAGCCACACGUAGUUGAUGCAAGCGGCCAGGGACCCGUGUUAAUCGCCAGCCAAGGCUACCGAUUUUAUGUGGAAUGCGCUCGCGGAGCCGAUGGCCUGUGUCAACAAAGUGGACGACGAAAGACGCUGCGAUGUGCUGUCCAGGCGCACCCUCCAGCCACUGUGUUCCGGUGGUUGAAGAACGGAGUAGUGACAAGUGGUAAUGGUGCGGAAAUCACAAUUGGCACUGAGAUGAUCGGCCAAAGUAUUCAAUGUCAAGCGAACAAUGGCCUUUACUCGGACACUGAAAUGGCGACUAGCCAGGCCGUUCAAAUCGAUCCUUACUCGUCCGCUCGUCUGAUCCAGGACAACUUCGCCACGCUUCAGUCGGCGGCUCCGUUUCAAGCCGGUAAUCGUCUAGAAAUGAACCAGCAGAUAAAUCUUGGCUGUCAAGUCGAAGGCAAUCCACGUCCAGUCGUGUUUUGGAAACUGCGCAAAUCGAACGGGCAGGUCGUUGACGCUCCUUGUGCUCAAGGAUUUGACGGACAAUACCAGGAGGUCACCGAGCCACCACGCGAACGACCUAUCCCACCAAAUGUCGUGCGUCUUAAUGCCAUCUGUUCGUUCCGCGUCUCGAACUAUUCGCUCUCCGGUCAGUACUGGUGUUCGGCAUGUUCCUAUGUCAGCCAGGGUGCCCCAGAAUGCUCUCCAGCUUUGGAGACGCCUGGGACAAACACACUUAACAUUCAAGUUACCGGACCACCCAUGCAGUCAGAUGCCCAACCAACUAUAGAACAGGCGCCUGGCAGUAAUAAUGCUGUCGUUACUGUACAUUAUUGCGCGGAACCCAUGCCGAGACCACCGAGGGAGGUCAUUUUCAGUAUUGACAAGAACGACAUACAGAUCGGUCAGUCGUGGGAAAACUUCCGAUUCGAGAGCACUACUCAAAACAACACCGUACCCAACUGCUACCUUGCUCGGCUAAACGUGGCGCCAGUUCGGGAAGAAGAUCAGUACCGAGUUAUCGAGUUGCGGUUACAGAACCAAUACGGCAGUAAACAGAUUCCUGUCUCACUAGAGGCUUUGCUGGGAGGAGGAGCAACCAGUGGCGCACGAAUAUCAGGAUGGUGGAUCGCUUUCUUCGUUCUGAUUGCGAUUUGCUUGGCUCUCGUCUGUUGUGUGGCAUUCUGUGUGAGACGAGGAGUGCUCUGCUUCAACAAAAUAAAAGAGCAGUCCGACUACAACGAGCCGAAAGCUAAGGCUAAUUUAAAUGUGCGUGAGAACUUCUACGAUGCCGACGCGCCACGACUGUAUACGCCACAAUCCGUCGAGGUAUGCGAGCCGGCCAUGGGUGUCUAUUUGAGCCGAGAAGCUGUCGUCUAA